AUGGCUUUGACUCAAGAAUGUCUUUUGUCUUUUCUACUGGACCACGGAGGCAAAGUGAAGAACUCGGAGCUGCUGAACAACUUCAGGAGAGAGAUCAGCUGCGGUGGUCCGGAGGAGAAGCAGCACAACAGAGACCUGUUCAAGAGGCUGGUGAACAGCGUGGCUGUGGUGAAACAGAUCGACCAGGUCAAGUUUGUGGUGGUGAAGAAAAGGUAUCAGGACUUUGUUAAAGAGCCGGCACAGGACGCCGCGCAGAAAAGCCCGCAGAUGGAUGACAGUCUCUGCAGCCAAAACGCGAGCUUUUCCUUCACAUCUCCUGAUCGAGCCCGGUCCUCCGGGAUGAAUCACUCUGACGUCGAGGACAAUAACGUGGACUUCCCCUCAAACGUGAAUGGCAGCAAUUAUAUUGAUACAAAGCGUGUGUGUGUGGGGAGGGAGCAGGAAAGGAGAGACAUUAGUGGCGAGGAUACAACCACCGUUAGAGUCCUGAACAUCCCCGGAGAUCAGGCGAGCAGAAGGGGGAAAUCUGGAGCUGUGUUCGCUGUCAUAGCGGUCAAAUCCCCUCCGAGAGACCGUGCACCAGGUACACUGGAUGGAUUGCACUCUAAAGUGCAUUCACACAAACCAAUCACACUGGUAACCAAAGCUUCUACACCAUUAGUGCCAACUCUAAAUCCCAACAUUCCAGUUUGCAAAGAGAGGUCUGACUCCCAAUGUUGGAAAAACAGACCGACAGAGGACAUGCAACCCCCAGGUUUCUCUCUGGUAAGGCCCCAAAACAAGAGAGAUGAUGCAAAGUACACAGAGUCUGUACCUUUGGAGCCUUUAGCUCAUGAGUGGCUGGUGAAGUGUGCCGCCGGCCUGUGGGGACAAAUCUAUGGUUUACUGCUGCAGGAUACACGGUUGGCACAGAAGAAAGACUUCAUGUCAGGGUUCACAGCGCUGCACUGGGCUGCAAAGAACGGCAACAUGGAGAUGAUACACAAGCUCAUGGAUGUCUCUACGAAAAGAGGCACUUAUGUUGACAUCAACAGCAAAGCACACGGAGGAUACACGCCUUUACACGUCGCAGCCAUGCAUGGGCACAGUGAAGUCAUGGUUUUGCUUGUGCAGAGUUAUGGUGCAAAUGUAAAUGAGAGAGAUAAUGAUGGCAAGAAGGCCUUCCAUUACCUCGGCAGUGGUGGGUCAGCUGAGGUCAGAGCACUUACGGGAGGACGGCAGCGGAGCAAGUACAGGGAGAAGAUCGAAGAUGAUGAGUACAGAGAGCACGCGAAGGGCUUCAACACGAUUAGUAAACUGUUCCAGCCUCACAAGAAACAGAAGACAACAACAAAAUGUGCUCAUGACUGGUGA